CUCCGUGACUCCAUAAUAAUGUUUGGUCGGUAGAAAACUGCGGGUUCUCCUCCGGGAUCAAGUCUGUAAAGAUUCCGAGAUGAACUCUGUGGAUAAACUGCGGAACACGUUCACUUUGGCAUCAUGCAAUGUGUUGCUCCAGGUGAUGUUCCGCGUGCUCACCUUCCUGCUGAACGGCUUCACGCUGCGCUUUGUGUCCAAAGAGCUGAUUGGGGUCGUCAACGUCAGGCUCACGCUGCUUUAUUCCACACUAGUAUUCCUGUCCAGAGAAGCUUUCCGCAGAGCCUGUCUCAGUGGGGAAUCGGGGACCAAUCAGAACUGGAGACAAGUCAUCAACCUCUUAUGGCUGACGCUUCCCAUCGGAGUAAUAUGGGCCCUCCUCCUGGGAUCUGUGUGGCUGUGGCUCCUGGAGGUCCCCGACCCGGAGGCCGUGCCCUACUACGGUGGGGCUGUGGUUCUGUUUGCCUUCUCAGGAGUCCAGGAGCUGCUGGCGGAGCCGCUCUGGGUCGUGGCUCAGGCUCACAUGUUCGUCUGGUUGAAGGUGGUGGCUGAGAGCUUAGCCAUGAUCGCCAAGUGCAGCGUGACGGUGCUGCUGGUGGUGUUUGCCCGGGAGUGGGGCCUCUACAUCUUCUCUGCAGCUCAUCUGGUGUACACCGGGUUCCUGGUGUUGUGCUACGUCGUUUACUUCACUCGUUUCUUGGGGUCUGAAGAGGCGGCAAAGAAGAGUUUCCCUCUGCAGCGGGUUACAGAUUUACUGCCAGGCAGACUCCAUGGAGAGCCGCUGAUAGACGCGAGUGCGGCUCAGCUCACGUGGAGCUUCUUCAAGCAGUCCUUCCUCAAGCAGAUCCUGACGGAGGGAGAGCGUUACAUCAUGACCUUCUUCAGUGUGCUGAGCUUCGGGGAUCAGGGCGUUUACGACAUCGUCAACAACCUGGGAUCAAUGGUGGCGCGUUUCGUCUUCUUACCCAUCGAAGAAAGCUUCUACAUCUUCUUUGCCAACAUUUUGGAGAGAGGACGCGGCGUUCACAAGCAAGAGCAGGAAGCCGCCUCCAUGGCGGCGGAGGUGUUGGAGUGCCUUCUGAAACUGGUGGUGGUGAUCGGUCUGAUCAUCACGGUCUUUGGGUACGGAUACUCUCACCUGGCUCUGGAUCUCUACGGAGGCUCUCUGCUGAGCAGAGGUGCAGGGCCGGUUCUGCUGCGCUGCUACAGCUGCUAUGUCCUGCUGCUGGCUGUGAACGGCGUCACGGAGUGUUUUGUGUUUGCCACCAUGAGCAAAGAGGAGGUCGACAAGUACAACCUGGUGAUGUUGGCUCUGUCCGCCUCCUUCCUGAUUCUGUCCUACAUGCUGACCUGGUGGGCUGGCGGCGUCGGCUUCAUCCUGGCCAACUGCCUCAACAUGGGGCUCCGCAUCGUCCACAGCCUCCGUUACAUCCGCCGCUACUUCCACACGAGUCACUGGACGCCUCUGAGAGGCCUGCUGCCCUCGCCGCCGCUCCUGCUGGCGCUCGCCGUCAGUGCAGCCGUGACAGCCGGUUCUGAGGCCGUUUUCUGCUGCGACGGCGGCUGGUCGCUCAGACUGCUCCACAUCGCCGUGGGAGGAGUCUGUUUGCUUCUCGUGCUUUCUGUGACGGCUCUGAGUGAAAAACAGCUGCUGCUCUUCAUCAGGACUCACCUGCUGUCACAGUACAGGAAGAAGACAACUUAAUAAAACUCUAACUGAAGAUAUUUUUGCACUAACAAAAGAGAUUCGUAUUAAAACGUCUGUGGGAAUAAGAAACAAAAA